ACAACCAGUGCAACUUGGGAAGGAUGGAAAGAAAGAAAGUAGGGUGACAUCAUUCCUCAUUUGAAUAAAUCCCAGCCGGGGUAGUGAUUGGUUGUGAGCUGGAGAAAGUCGAGUUACUUGGCUAUUCAUCCCUUUCAAUUUCACCCCCGCGCGCAAUCCCGUGGUAAAACCCUCUCCGCCUGUCCAUCCUUCCCGGCCAGUAGAGUGUGUGUGCGUGGACUGCAAAUCGCUUUUCCUUUCUUUGGAAGGGACGUGCAUCACUUCUGAAAUCGGCGGUCGACAGAAGUUUCUUGGUAACUUUGGUCUGUUUCUCAUCUUGUUCGGUUUCAUUUUCCAAUUUGUUACACUUUGUAUUCGAGGAUUCUGAAAGGAGUCGGAGGAUAUUGUCAAACACUGGGCGUAGCUGGAGAUCAAGCUAUAGCUAGCUACACUGCGUUGAUCAGACUCCACCAUCGCCUGAGUGCAGUCACCAUCUUCAGUCUCAAGCUCUCCAGCCCUCCUCUGCAGAGACGGACAGCCAGGACUGAGGGGAGAUGAAACCGGAUGGGGUUGCCACGGCAGCGAUGGAGCCAAUGGAAGCACUGGACGCCGAUCCGGUAAACGAGCCAGUUGCGAUGGGAGAGGAGCCUAACCAGGCUGCGCCGGCACCUCAGACGGAGGGAGUUGGCCAGCAGGGAGAGAUGGGGCAGGGAGAGCCUCAUCCAGAGCCAGCCCAGGUGGCCCCCACCAAGACGGGGAACAGCAAGGCUGCAGCAGACCCGAAAGCCAAGACCAAGGCCCCCGCUGCUAAGACAAAGCCUGGGACCACCACCACAAUUAAGACCACGACCGGACCAGGGUCUCGACCCAACACCGCCCAGAGCCGACUGACCAACGGGGUUUCCAAGCCACAUGCCAACGGAGUGGCCAAGAAGACCACCACUGGAGCCCCAGAGAAGACCACGCCCAAGAGGCCCGUAGGCACAGCCGUUGCCCCUACCACUAAGACCAGCGCCAAGGUUGGUGAGAAGAAGCCAGCGGGCACCACCCGCCCUACGUCGGCUCCUGCUGCCACCAACGGGGUGAAGGCCACCACAGGAACAGCAGCAAAGAAGACACCUGCGGCGCCAACUAAUGGUGUCAAAGCCACCACCACCGCUGCUAAGAAGCCCACAGCUCCCCGGCCUGUCUCUGCAGCUACCUCCAAGCCCAGCACUGCCGCUGCUCCCAAGUCUGAUAGGCCUCCUGUUUCCAAGACAACCAGGCCUGCCACUGCUGCUCCAGGAUCUCGCCCUGCCUCUGCUGCAGCCAGGCCAGCCACAGCCAGCACAGCCAAGAGCUCCACACCCACAGCCAAGCCUAGCACCCCCACGGCUAAAACCACCUCCACCACCCCCAGACCAGCCUCUGCCAAAGCCGGCUCUACAACACCCUCUGCUGGACGGACCCCGACAUCACAGCCCUCAAAAACUGCAACUCCCAUCAAGAAAGAUGUUACCAAAUCAGCCACCAAGAAGCCUGCAGCGGCUCCUCUCACUCGCACCUCACCAGCCAAGUCCACCAAACCUGAGACUCCCAAAUCAGCCUCCGCGUCCAAGCCAGACUCCACCCCCAAGAAGCCGGCUGCCAGCAGCAAGGCCGCAGACACCAAGAAGACGCCAAGCAAGCCCACGCCUUCAAAGGAUGUCAGUGCUGGCCCCAAGACCCCUAGUACCAAGCCAGCAGGGAAGGCUUCCACCCCUAAGAAGACUGUGGGCAGCAACACCCCCAUGGCAGUAAAGCGUGGCCCCAAACCCACAACGGCGGCAGAGCCCGCGACUGAAGCUGGUGAGACACAGGAUGCCGCUGUUGCUGCCGCCAUAGCUGCAGCUUCCUCGGCUGCUGUAGUCUCCAUGGCAACUUCGGAAGAAGCAGUGGUGGCUGCAGUCCCAGAGGAGAAGGAGACUGUGCCCCCUCCGGCCAGCCAGCCAGAGGAGGCCCCAGAGGCCUUUAUCUCUCAGUUGUCAGGUCAGCUGGACCUGGUCCACCUGGACGAGCCAGCAGACAUAGUGUCUCCCCUGGGCACCACGGUCAUGUCCCCUCCAUGCUCUCCCACUGGGCCCAUGUCCCCGGUCAGGGAGCCCCAGAAUGCCUUUGCUCUGCUGGACAUGCACGUCCAGCCUGAACCCAGGUCCCAGAGACAGUCUGCCAUGGCUCCACAGAGCCCGGUCCAGGAGGAGGUGGUAUUCCAACCAGACUCCUGGGCCCAGAACCAGUCUGCCACGGCUCCACAGAGCCCGGUCCAGGAGGAGGUGGUAUUCCAGCCAGACUCCUGGGCCCAGAACCAGUCUGCCAUGGCUCCACAGAGCCCGGUCCAGGAGGAGGUGACAUUCCAGCCAGACCCCUGUGGCCAGAACCAGUCUGCCAUGGCUCCACAGAGCCCGGUCCAGGAGGAGGUGGUAUUCCAGCCAGACUCCUGGGCCCAGAACCAGUCUGCCACGGCUCCACAGAGCCCGGUCCAGGAGGAGGUGGUAUUCCAGCCAGACUCCUGGGCCCAGAACCAGUCUGCCAUGGCUCCACAGAGCCCGGUCCAGGAGGAGGUGAUAUUCCAGCCAGACUCCUGGGCCCAGAACCAGUCUGCCAUGUCUCCACAGAGCCCGAUCCAGGAGGAGGGGAAGGUCCAGCCAGAUGAGCAGCAGGAGGACCUCCUCAUGCCCUCCUCUUCAGCCCCUCCUGCGUUCAGCAUGAUGUCUCAGCCCAUGGAUGAGUUGACCUCAGAGGUCCUGGUCUCUCCCUCUCAGGACCAGGAGGAGGCAGUGGAGAAGGCAGAUGAGGAGAUCAACGAAGAUGAUGACAAUGAGGAGGAGGAAGAGGAGAGGACGGUGGGCAAGCCGACAUCACUGUUUGACAUGAGUAGCUCUCAGCCCUCUGAGGAGGCCAAGCCUGCAGGCUUCAGUGGUGCCACCAGUUGGCAUGGGGAUGACCUCUUGUCAGGGAUGGACUCUGAGGAUGUGAGCAGCCGCCUGCAGGGGUCGUCAGAGAUUAGCAGCAUCCAGCAUACGGGCCUGCUGCAGGGUACCCAGAGCUCCUAUGCUCUGGUAGACUCCAGCCACAAGGGCUCCGAGGGAGAAGGGGCCUUCGUGUGCUCCCCCGAUGUGGAGACCCUGGCCAACGAAGAGGAAGAUGAGGAAGAGGAUAGGAAAGUGUGCAAGCCGACAUCACUGUUUGACAUGAGUAGCUCUCAGCACUCUGAGGAGGCAAAGCCUGCAGGCUUCGGUGGUGCCACCAGUUGGCAUGAGGAGGACCUCUUGUCAGGGAUGGACUCUGAGGAUGUGAGCAGCCGCCUGCAGGGGUCGUCAGAGAUUAGCAGCAUCCAGCAUACGGGCCUGCUGCAGGGUACCCAGAGCUCCUAUGCUCUGGUAGACUCCAGCCUCAAGGGCUCCGAGGGAGAAGGGGCCUUCAUGUGCUCCCCCGAUGUGGAGACCCUGGCCAACGAGGAGCGGGAGGAGGAAGAUGAGGAUGAGGAAGAGGAUAGGAAAGUGUGCAAGCCGACAUCACUGUUUGACAUGAGUAGCUCUCAGCCCUCUGAGGAGGCAAAGCCUGCAGGCUUCGGUGGUGCCACCAGUUGGCAUGGGGAUGACCUCUUGUCAGGGAUGGACUCUGAGGAUGUGAGCAGCCGCCUGCAGGGGUCGUCAGAGAUUAGGAGCAUCCAGCACACGGGCCUGCUGCAGGGUACCCAGAGCUCCUAUGCUCUGGUAGACUCCAGCCUCAAGGGCUCCGAGGGAGAAGGGUCCUUCAUGUGCUCCCCAGAUGUGGAGACCCUGGCCAACGAGGAGGAGCGAGUUGAUGUUGAUGAUAUGGACUUGAGCUCAGAGCGGGCAGUGGACCACCGGAAGGUGUGUCAGCAGGAGGAUGAGGAGGAGGAUGAUGAAGAUGUGGAGAUGCCCAGCGAAGGGGUGACGGAGAGUGGACUGGAGAGCUGUGGGAACGCAGACGAGGACGACUACACAGAGGAGGACCGCUUGGAUAACCUCAACCGUUCGCCCAUCCCACCUUCCUCAGCCUGGGGUCAGACAAACCCCUUCACUGACCCCUGGGCCCAGCCCCACCUCUCCUCCCCCCACACCGCUUCCAGCCCCCUGUCUGACCACGGGGCUGACGGCCCUGAGACGCCCACCCAGUCCUCUGCCCAGGCCUGGUUGGAUCUCAGUGCCCCCUCUCUGAUGCUCCAGUCAGAGCAGCCCUCAGAGCCCCAGUCUGCCCCUGAGGAGAUGGAGAGCUCCGCCCCAGUGGAGGCCUCUGCUCCCCCAGGGCCCCCUGCUGUGGGCAUGUCUCAGUCCAGCACCCUAAGUGGCACGGCCCUGGCCGUCCACAGCAGCAGUGAAACCAGCACUCCCGAGGAGCUCCGUGACUAUGACAGCAGCUCCGGGGUGGAGUCACGCUCUGACAAGCAGCAGACCCCCGUGCCAUCCAAUGUGCAGCCUGACCUGGAGCAGGACUUGGGCAUCCAUCUGGAGCGAGGUGACGAGGAGGAGGAGGCUGAGACGCUCCCUGCUGACGAGGUCCUGGGAGCAGGCCCUCCUACUGCCCCCGCCUCUGCCCCCUCCUCCCCCUCCACCUCGGGAGACGAGGCCAGUGACACGGAGGGUGAGAUGCAGAUCAACAACCCAGAUGUCCCCGUCACCAUGGAGGACAGUGCUGAGUUCGACAGCCCACCGUCCGCCUGUAUCCUGCCUGUCCUGGAAGAGGAGGUGGUGGAGGCGCCGGCCGGAGAAGGAGAGGAGGACGGGGGUGGCGGCACGCCCCAGUCUGCCAACUCGGUGGCGUCUUACGGCUUUGACUGCACCAUGUCCAACUCCAACGCCCACUCCACUGCCGAGAGCUGCGGUAAGAGCCCCGGCAUCUUCUCCCUGGAGAACGAGGACCAGUUGCCCGAGGAGGCCAAGGACCCCUCCCUCAUCAAGGAGCUGACCCUGCCUGCAGCGGCCGCCCAGUCAGACGAGCUGCUGGGAGGCCCUGUAGACCUGCUGCCCCUGGGCCAGCCUGGGGACCAGCACCACUACAUGCUGGGGGGGAAGAUGGAUGCUGACGACCUGGAGGAGGCCAACACCCUGGAGGACUCCCUCCGCCUGGGGCCCCAGCAUGCCGGGCAGGCCAGCGAGGGCCAGCCACCCUACUACUCUGCUAUAUGCGAUAAGACUGAUAGCUUUCUGGCAGGUAAUGUAUAAGUCCCUACCCCUGGAAUGCACCUUCUCCCUCGCACCCCUCCCCCUUGUUGUUCUUAGUUUUUCUCUCGAGGUCGGUUAGAUGGUUUAGAAAAACAAGCAAAUGAUGGUAGGAAACAAAAAAAGGCAAGGGGAACGAAAGACUGUAGAUCAGUGAAGCCUCCCUCUUUCAUACUACUAUUAUGGUUAUGAAUGUAUGGCACUACUUUAUGUACAAUAGCUACUAGCUACCAUUUUCUAUUAGAAUGUUCUUUUUAAGUAACACUGCGUACUCCAUAACCCCUGAGGGGGUAUUGACUGACUGGUCCGUUGGGACAAAGCUCUUAAAAGAAAAGGAGGAGUAAAACGAGAAUGGACUCUACCUACAUGUGUAUUUAUCCUACUGUUUUUACCAAACAAAUGUCAAUUCUUUUUUUUUUACUUGUUUUGUUGAAACCCGGUCCUGCCUCUCCCCUAUGUUACACGCUCCAUUUUAUCCUGCACCAUAGAGAUAGUCCUACUCUCUCUUUUUGCAAGUUUGUCUUCUUGUUUUCAACACCAUUUUAGUAUCGAAUGAAGGCUAGAUAUUUAACAUGGCUUUCCUCGCUUACAGAGUGUUCGAUUUGAAGUUUGUCUAGUUUUAAUUUGCGCUACAGGAAGUUUGCCUCUCCCUGCAUAGAUUAUCAUGGCAAGUAACGUUGUCAUGUACAGUGUGUUUUGAGGCAUCUGUUUUAAGUGGUCAUGCUUCAUGCCUCUUAGUUGAUCAUUUGUGCUUCAGAACCAACUAACAACUAUUUGUGGGAAAAAUAACUUCAUUCCUCAGCAUUUAGAAUGACGCUCACUGAAAACGCUUUUCUCACUGAAACGCUUUUAGUGAUAUUGGAUAGUUCAACUUGCAUGUACUAACAUUGAAAUUGUAUCUGUUUAAACCAUUAUACAGUAGGGAUGUUCAUAAAUGAAUGGUUCAUGCUAAGUAGGUUUUUCAAAAUUCCAUUAAACAUCAUUGCAAGGCA